ACACCUUCAGAGCAAAGUGGAGCUCUUCUGUCUCUGUCUAUCUCUCUUUCUCUCUCUCACUUUCGCAUGCCUGCCACAGAGGCUGGGACUCUGCUUCCUGACAGACAGGGACUGAGAGUAGCGUGAGAAGAAGAAACUGAAAUCCAAAACGCCCGUCUGUGCUAAAAGAUCAGAGAAAGGAGAAGGAGAGUAGAGGAUGGGCCACAGUGAAGAUGACCUGAUCGGGAUUCCAUUCCCCAACCACAGCAGUGAUGUCCUGUGCUGCCUUAACGAACAGCGCCGAACCGGGUUACUCUGUGACGUGGUGCUCAUCGUACGUGGCCAGGAGUAUCAGACCCACCGCUCUGUCCUCGCCGCCUGUAGCCAGUAUUUCAACAAGCUCUUCACCGUGGCCUCAGACGGAGGGGACAAGCACGGGGUGUAUGAGAUAGACUUCGUGGCCCCCGAGUCGCUGACGGCCAUCUUGGAGUUCGCCUACACGUCUACGCUGACGGUGACGGCGUCCAACGUGAAGGAAAUUCUUGGAGCGGCUCAGAUGCUGGAGAUCCCCUGCAUUGUCAACGUCUGUCUGGAGAUUAUGGACUCUGGCAAGGGAGGAAGAGGAGGAGGAGGAGGAGGAGAGGGAGAUGAGGAGGAGGAGGAGGAGGAGGAGGAGGAAGAGGAAGAGGAAGAGUCGAGGAAGGACGAGCAGGAGGUUCAUGAGGAGGACAACGCCAGUGAGUGGUCAACGAGGUCAUCAGAGAGUCAGGACCAGGUCGGGUCAGAGAGAGAAGUACCACCAAGUCCACCUAGUACCUCCCAGUACCAGCACCAGUACGAGCUGCAGAGGAACAGGAAGUGCACAGACACAGACUCCCAGUGUGAGAAACCCAGGCGGGAGCAUGAACGCAUGGAGAGCCGAGCCCUCAAGGACUUUUCCAUUGAGUCUCUGCUACAGGAAGGGCUGUACCCUAAACUACCAGCAGUCCUGGACAGGAGGGCCAACUUUUCCCCUCUGCACCCCGGCUACUACCCCUCCAUGUGGGCUGCAGAGUUCCAAGGAUUUCCCCCGCAGGUCCCAGACCCCAACCACAACCCCAGCCACCACGCCCAGACCCCGCCCCUCCGCCCCUCCUCCCACCCCCCUCAACUGGACAACCGACCUUUAGACCUGGCCGUGAAGAGAGAGGUCAUCAAGGAGGAGCUGAAGGAGGAAGUCCCGCCCAGCAUGCUUCACGGUGACUUCCUGAAAGACUUAAUGACCUCCGGCCUGGGGAUGGGGUCUGAGGGGCCUCGCCUCCACCCGGGUCAGAUAAAGCACGAGGAAGACUUCCGGUCCUACCUGAGCUUCCUGAGAGCAUCGAGCCACCUGGGGGCGCUGUUCCCUCCCUGGCAGAUGGAGGAGGAGAGGAAGAUGAAGCCGAAAGCAUCCCAGCAGUGUCCCAUCUGUAACAAGGUGAUCCAGGGGGCGGGGAAACUACCCAGACACAUGAGGACUCACACAGGAGAGAAACCAUACAUGUGCACCAUCUGUGAGGUGCGCUUCACCAGGCAAGACAAGCUGAAGAUCCACAUGCGGAAGCACACUGGGGAACGGCCCUACAUCUGCCUCCACUGCAACUCCAAGUUUGUCCACAACUACGACCUGAAGAACCACCUGCGUAUCCACACAGGGGUGCGACCCUACCAGUGUGAGCACUGCUACAAGAGCUUCACGCGCUCAGACCACCUGCACCGCCACAUCAAGAGGCAGAGCUGCCGCGUCUCACGCCCUCGACGGGGCCGCAAGCCCGCUGCCUGGCGCUCAGCCAACAACUUCCUGCAGGGUCCUCUGGGUUCGGCCAAUCACAACGAGGACGGCAAGGGGCAGGGUCUGUCUAAGGGUGGCUGCCGACUCCUGCCCUCCUCCCACAGAGGCGUUAGAGGUCAUGGUCUGGGCCUGGGGGAGAGAGAGAGACGGGCCCUGGGUCUGGGUGGCAAGGGCCUGGGCUAUAAGGACUUGAACAGUGACAGCAGAGAGAGCCAGGAGGGCAGGGAGGGCAGGGAGGGCCGGGAGGCUCGGCAUCACUGGUCAGACAGGAAGCAUGUGGUUGACGAGGUGGAGCUGAAGAGACAGAGGGGCGUGUUCACCUUUGCCCUGGCGGGGCCUGGGGGGGAAGUCCUUACCCACCCUCCAUUUUACACCCCGACCCCUGACCCCUGGACCAUGAGACUGGAGAACCACGCCUCUCCCAUCCCUGAGCCGGCCAACUGACACUUCCAACAGAUAGCUAACUGAUGCUUAAUCUCAGAGUUCAAAGAACCAUACAGAACAGAGAGAGUUCUCUGCCUGAAAGAUUUUCUACCUGCUGUUUAGAGAUAUAAGGAUAUAAGGCUGAGGAAAUGAGAGUUUGAGGGGAGUAAUGUCUGGGAAUAUAAAUGUAUAAAAAACAGGGUCAUUACUGGAAAACAGUUGAUUUUAGACAUCUCAGAUCCAAAUCAUAAGGAUUUUGAUAAAAACAUUUCAUUUGAAGAAGUAAAACUGGAUGAAUAGAUUUUGCAUGUUGCAAAAGUACUAAAAACUAAAUAAAUAAUAAUAAUACUCUCAGGACAUGAUAACAGUGUUUAUAUUUGGAUUAUUGACUACAAUUAAUGUAAAUGUGUAAUUCAUAGUAUACUUAAUAAUGGCAAUAGGUUGUUUCCCAAAUUCACAGUCUACAAAGAAAUAAACCGAUAUCAGCCAUCAAAGUCAUUUAUAAGCUACAAACGGAUUCCAAAUGCAUCCAAAGUUGCAGACCAAUAUCAGUUCUAAUAAACAGGGUAGCAGCCUAAGCCACUGAAGAACAUUCAACACCAGGAGAAAAUUAUUCACUUGACUUUUAAAAAAAGUCUGGAUCCAAAACUUGUUUUCACCCUUGUAUUGCCUUGUUCUCAGGUUUUGUAAAUAUAUACAAAAUGUUUUAAAGAUUUUGACCAUAGUCAUAUUGAUUAUUGUUGUAUUAUACUUGUUGUGGUUUUUAUCAUCGAUAACCCAUCCAAAGAUGUGGAGUUUGAUAUUUCACAAACUUCAAUAAGCCUUGUGUUACAUAUGGUAUCUGUGUUUCUUCUAAAGACCAAGAUGUGUACAAUUUGUUAGACUGAUAUACACCGUAUUAUUGCUUUAGCUAUGUCCUGCUCUUGAUGGGUGCGUUAAGACAUUUAAAGGGGUUUGUACCAUAUGUUCAUAUAUUGCUCUUAUCUAAUCUAUGUAUAAAUAUCGCUAUUCAGAAUUGUUUUAAUUGAAAUGAAAUGGGAAACUAUUUUCUUGCUAUUUAUGCAUAUUUAAAUUAGCCUUGGCUAUAUUUAGCAAAUAUGUUGUUUUAUAAAGACACUAAAUAUUGUACUGUGGGUCUGGGUGUCUCAUUAUCUGACUUUUCUGUUUUGAGUGUGUGUGUGUGUGUGUGUGUGUGUGUGUGUGUGCGUGUACGUGUGUGUGUGUACGUGUGUGUGUGUGUACGUGUGUGCGCCUUUGGUACGAAUCUUUCAUAACUGGAAAAUGGUUUAGAUGCCAUUUUAGAGAAUGGAUAUUUGACACAAUUAAAUUAGGGCUCUAUUCAAUCAGAUCCACUUUAGC